GGCCAUAUUGCUCACGUGCACGGCCGUGCAGCCUCCCUGGUCUGCCCGUGCAGCUCCCCAAAAACCUCGCCAUUCGUCCGUUCUUCGUCCAAUCGACCCCAGACUCGCUCCUAAGCCUUCAUUCACGUACUAGGACCUGAAACAUCACAAACAAGCACAACCUAGCGUGAAAUCGGCCUAAAACACGAGAAUCAACACCUCAAACGGUGUAAGAAUGGGGGUAAAAACAUGUGUAAAUGACGGUCUAUCAAUGCUGACAUGGCGUUCCUCCGCACAGUGGGUAAAGACCUAGUGGAACGCGGGAAAGCCGUGGCACCAGCUCUGCGGGUGGUUAGAGCAAGUACAAUGCCGACUCUCGUCAAAGGGGCUGAACAAAUGCGACGUGAGGAUGCGGCCAGGCUCGCCACUGACCCCACUCAUGCGGAGAUAGAAGCACAGGCUGAGCUGCAAGCAGUGCAAAGCUUUUUCAUUCGGGUCUACACCACUCUAUCCCGCAUUGCCCAGCAGCUCACCGAUCACGAGCCGUCCGACUCCUAAAGAAUUUCUUUUAUGCAUUUCGGAAUUUACUUUGGAUUUUUUGUUUUGGCAUCGUUUCUCGAAUUACUCCUAUUUGCCAUGUUAACUCGACCUAUGAACAACUUUUUUUGCUCAUCAUUGUUUAUCUAAUUUUGGCAAACGGCCGCUCUCUUUUCUUUAAUCUGUAACGUCGCUCUAACCUCGACGGCUGUGUUUGAGCAUGGCUGACUGGCUAGUUCUAGCCACGAUAGCCUUCUUGAUUUUUCUCAUGCCAAGUACCGAAUCGUCCAUGCCCAACAACGCUGUUACCCAUGCCUACUUCUCGUGCCAAAAACAGCUUCGUUUGAUAAAGUUGGAACAUUUUG